AUGCGUGGAAGAAACAUCACGCAAUCAAUAAGGUUGAUGAUGGGUUCUGCAGCCACACAACCACUCUUCUCUUUCGGUGUUAUCGCUGAUGUUCAGUAUGCGGAUAUUCCAGAUGGCCGUUCCUUCUUAGGCACUCCUAGAUACUACAGAAACAGCAUCCUUGUCCUGCAGAGAGCUGUCGAAACUUGGAACAAACAUGGAAACCUCAAAUUCGUUAUCAACAUGGGUGACAUUGUUGAUGGAUUUUGUCCCAAGGAUCAAUCCCUGGCCGCCACUAAGAAACUAGUUCAAGAGUUCGAUAAAUUCGAGGGUCCUGUGUAUCACAUGAUUGGCAAUCACUGCCUCUACAAUCUCCCCCGUGAAGAGUUGCUUCCUUUGCUGAAGAUCCCGGGUCGUGAUGGCAAUGCUUAUUACGAUUUUUCACCUACCCCUGAGUACAGAGUUGUGGUAUUAGAUGGGUAUGACAUCAGUGCUGUGGGAUGGUCACAGGACCAUCCUAAGACGAUCGCUGCGUUGAAGAUACUUGAGGAAAAGAAUCCAAACUCAGACAAGAACAGCCCUGAGGGGCUUGUUGAUGUUGAGAGGAGAUUCGUGAAGUAUAACGGUGGUGUUGGGGAGAAGCAGCUGCAAUGGCUUGACAAUGUGCUUCAGGAUGCGACGAGAUCGAACCAGAGAGUCAUCGUAUGUGGGCAUGUGCCUAUGAGCCCUGGAGUGGCAUCGAAAGCAGCCUUGUUAUGGAAUUUUGAUGAAGUGAUGAGCGUUAUACACAAGUAUGACGCUGUGAAAGUUUGUCUGUCGGGACACGACCAUAAAGGAGGAUACUUUGUUGAUUCUCGUGGGGUUCACCAUAGGUCCCUCGAAGCUGCCUUGGAGUGCCCACCAGGUACGUAUUCGUUUGGGUACAUCGAUGUAUAUGAGAACAAGUUAUCUCUUGUUGGUGUUGAUCGGAUGCAGAGCACCGAGUUUGAGAACUAAGUUUCCCUUAAAUGCAGAUAUUGUUAAUCACCAAUCCAUUUUUAUACGAUGAAUAUUUUUAGAUGAUUACUUCUUUCUUUUUUUUAUCAUGAUUGUAAUAUAAUACGGCUGCACGUACCUAUGUUUCUGGUACUUUGCUAAUAAGACGAAAAUAAUGUAAGUGAUUAGUGUCUAUUCACAACAAAUGUCUUGACAA